AUGGGUCUUGGGACUUUGCCAUUGACCUCUCCUUAUUACUCCACUUUCACUUCAAAAUCAGGACCAGUACAUAACAAUACCAAUAACUACAAUAGAACCAGAAAAUUCAUAGUUUCAGCUAAACAAGAGAAGGAAGAAGAUAAGAACAAGCAAUCUUUCUUCACAAGUGUAACUGAUGCUCUUGAUUUUGCUCAACCGAGAUCCGAACAAGAUGCUCAGCUUAUAGCAGAUGCCAGAGACGCCACAAAAUCCGGAGAAAAGAUGAGCAAAGAACAGUAUGGUGCUCUAAGAAGGAAAAUUGGUGGAACAUAUAAGGACUUUUUCAAGUCCUAUGUUGAAGUGGAUGGGGCAUAUGUUGAAGAGGGUUGGGUAGACAAAACUUGCAAAGUGUGCAAGAAGGAUACUAAGGGUGAAGCAAGACAAGUGGAUAAGCUUGGAAGAUAUGUUCAUGUAGCAUGUGCAGAGAAGGCCAAAACUGGAAAUUUCUUUACGAGAUUGUUUUCUUUAGGAUCAUGA